CGGUCUUUUGGUUCGCGGAUCGCAGCCGAUUAACUUGAAUAGAAACCGUACCGCAGGUCCACAGUGCACAACACACGACUUUCCGAAAAAUGCCGACGAUGGCGGAGCAAAAUCACAACUGUGUCGACAUGGACGAUGAAAACACAUUCCUCUUCACGUCAGAAUCUGUGGGAGAAGGACAUCCUGACAAACUGUGCGAUCAGGUCAGUGACGCAGUGCUGGAUGCCCAUCUGGCCCAGGACCCGUACGCCAGGGUAGCAUGUGAAACGGCUACCAAAACGGGUAUGGUGAUGAUUUUUGGUGAAAUCUCCUCCAAUGCAAACGUCGACUAUCAAAAAGUGAUUCGAGACACUGUUAAAGAAAUUGGCUAUGACAGCUCAGUGAAAGGAUUUGACGCGGAGACCUGCAAUGUGCUGGUAGCCAUUGAAGAGCAAGCCAGGGAGAUCGCACAGUCAGUCCACAUCGACAAAGCCGAUGAUGAUAUCGGUGCCGGAGAUCAAGGUCUAAUGUUCGGCUACGCGACUGAUGAAACGGAGGAGCUCAUGCCGCUGACUGUGGUCCUGGCUCACGGCCUGACCAAAAAGAUGGCAGAGCUGAGGAAAAACAAGACUGUACCAUUCCUCAGACCCGACGGCAAAUCACAGGUGACCGUGGAAUACAAACAGAAGCAGGGCCAUCUUGAACCCAUGAGGGUUCACACCAUCGUCAUCUCAGCACAGCACGACCCUGACGUCACGCAAGAAGAGCUGCGCAAGGUACUCCGGGAGAAGGUCAUCGAAGCAGUCAUACCUGCCAAGUAUCUGGAUGCCGACACGGUGUAUCAUCUCAAUCCCUCGGGCAGCUUUGUUAUGGGUGGUCCCAAAGGUGACGCAGGUCUGACGGGCCGUAAGAUCAUCGUCGAUACGUACGGCGGCUGGGGUGCCCACGGUGGGGGAGCGUUCUCAGGCAAAGAUGUCAGCAAGGUGGACCGGUCUGCAGCCUACGCUGCCAGAUGGGUGGCCAAGUCACUGGUAGCUGCCAAGCUGUGCAAACGAGUUCUAGUCCAGGUGGCAUACGCAAUUGGCAUCUCGCAUCCUCUGUCUGUCUUCGUGUCAUCCUACGGUUCCUCUGACAAGACGGAGAAGGAGCUGCUGAAAAUAAUCGACGACAACUUUGAUCUACGACCUGGAGCUAUCAUCAGGGAGUUGGAUCUCCGCCGUCCGAUCUACCACAAGACAGCCUCCUACGGCCACUUCAAGGAAGGAUUCCCCUGGGAGGUGCCCAAGAAGCUCGUCAUGUAACUUGGGAAAAGAAAGGACUUCAUUGGCCACUUCUCACGACACCAAAUUGACUUUCCCCAUGAGCUUCAUCUCGUAGACCAAACCUUUCUGGGGGAUGUCAUAACAAAAACAACUAGAUCUGCAAACUGUACUGAACUUCAAAGGCACUAAGUCUCAAGGAUGAACCUGCAGGUUUUUGGUGUCUGAUUUUGAGAAGUGCCUCAAAUUCUUACCUUGUGGAACUCUUUUAUCAAAAAAACUGCUAGAUCUCCUCUGGAUGGGUGUGAUACACUACAGGGCGACACAACUUCGGUUGGGGCGAUAAUCAGCUUAAUGUAAAACACACAUGCAAAGACUGAGAUUAUCCUUACCUUGAAGAGAUAGAGACAAUGAGUUUUUUUUUUAAAUUUGAUUAUCCGUCAUUAUCAACGCACAUUUUAUCAUAAAAUCCUAGUCUGUUUGCCGAUGAUGUAACUUACACAAUGACACUUCAAGGACGUGUGGUACUGUACGCCUUUGAAGUACAGAAAGAAUUUGCUAUGAGCGAGCAUUUGGCUCUGUACAAAUCCAAGCGCGUGCUGUAGUGCACAAGUGGGAGACCGCACAUUUGCUUUAAACAACGCGGCGGUUAUUUUUGUCGUGAACAGUUGCUGGCACAUUGCUCUGUGGUAACUGAUAACGUCACAAAAUUGUGUAGAACAAAACAUCCCUGUUGGCACACACUGUUGUCGUUGACAAUACUAUUCAUGAUAGAAGUUGACCAUCUACGUCGAAUAACCAAAUCAGUAUUUAGCGUUUAUCGGGGAUCACAAAUUGUCUGGAUAUUGAUAUUUGAAAUUGCCUUAUUGACAAGAUCUUAGCGCAUUUGUGAUUCCCAGUCAGUAGGAGGUGUUUAAAUAAGUUAGAAGGGAAGUAUAAACCGACUGUUACAAAUUUUAAAACUAGGCACCUUUAACAAAGAUAUCUAGUAUUAUGGGUAGGAUAAUAUUCGUAGAUUAAAUUCAGGGAAUGGGUAUGGAUCAUUCUCUUCAAUUGUUUUCUGAUAAUCCUGAGCUUUAAAUUGACUUUACAACCAUUGUGCUGUUGGAAGAUAAAUUGAAAUGAUAGUACCUUAAAAAAAAGAGCAUACUGUGAAAUAAGUUGGCACACCAUAAAAAAAAAAAGAUAAGCAAGACCUACCCUAUUAACGAUAAAGUAUAGUACAUGUAGGUUCGAACAACAUUCCACAACAAUUUGGGAAAUGUUUUUAGCAAUGGACAUAUUACAUGAGUUGUUACAGAAGUGGAGGGAAAGGUUUUGUUUUAUAGCUAAACGGUUAGUAGUUUUUUGUCGCAGACUCCUGACCUCUGUUGAUCUACCUUUUAAAUACUCUUCAGGCCAUUGUCAAGACAUCAUCCCUUCUAAGAGUGUGUAUAUGCGUAGGAGAAGGUGCUUUUCGGAGACUACAGGUAUCUUGGUCAAAUGUUAUUCUGGCACAAAGCAUUGUGGGUCAUGUCGGGCGACACACUCACAAAAAUCGCACAAUUGAUAUUACCAUGUUUAUCGCCAUAUGCCCCACAAUGCUUUGCUACAUGGAGAUUCAUUCAAGAUGGUAGUGUUCCUGGAAUGGGCGAUCUUGAGGUGUUAGAUAGCAGCAAGUCCUUUCCUGACUCGUGAAUACAAUUUUGAAGCAAUUUCAUCCAUGCUGUGCAAAGAACGGGGGAGGACUGGUUGCAAGUCUACUGCCACUUGGCACCUCAGAGUCUUGAAGGUGGCAUAUUUUGACUAUGUAUUCAAAAUAGGGUCCAAUAACUGUGGAAUGUCACGAUCAUAACAGUUUGUCCAAAAAAAAGGUUGUGUUGCAUAUUAGCUUUUUUUGUCAAAGCUUUGAGAAUUUGGUACCCAUUGUACUGUACGCAGUGUUAGUUUGGGGGAAAAUGGGGUUUGUUACUUAAUUUAAGGCUAAAUGAAAUGUGCACUAAGACUUUUAGUGUAAUUCUUUGCACAUGGAUAUAUUGAAUCUGAAUCAAAUCUGCAAUUUCAGUUUCUGUGAAAGCUUUUAUUUAUUGGGCUAUGCUGUUCCUAUCUGAUGUAGCAUAAGCGCAGCGUUACUUGUAAGUAUAUUGUGCUGAGCCUGUCACAAAAAGAUAUACCACUGAUUAAUAUGUUAUCAGUUCAAUUUUUAUCCAAAUAAUUGUGAAAAAUAAUCACUGUUGGUGAUAAGUGCAAGUACUGGUUGUUAAUUGACUGAGCAAACUCAUUGCAUGAAAAAAACAGAAUUGAACUUAUCUUUGUUAAUGUUGAUUGGCAUCGCAGACUUGAUGUAGCAUCAAAAACCAUAGGUAAACGUUAUAACACUGUAUCUAUGUACAUGUAAAUAAUUUAUAAAUGACUAUACAGAGCUGAGUAGUUCCUUCGCGAAAUAAUCGUAGGCUGAAACUCAAGCCUCCAUCUGAGCUCUCAAAUUGUUCUCAAUUUUUUUUCAUUAAUGUGUACAAUUAAUUUCGAUAAAGCAUAUUUUGGUUAAGGCACACAUGAGUUAUAUAUAUUUUUGUCAUAUACAUGUAGUUAGUUCUUACCCUGUUUAAAUAUGUACCAAAAAUUUGUGAUCUUUUAUCUGAAUUUGUUGGGGGUGUAGGUUUUUCGGACUCUAAAAGUGGAAAAUUAAUGUGCCUGAUUACUUUUUUUCCUACAGCAUGCUUAUGACAUGUAAAUGUACUAAAUGUUAAAUUGUAAAUGCAGUUUAAUCUGAUAUUCUUGUUACAUUUGUGUAUUUUUUUCACCUUCUAAAAAUUGUGAUGAUCCAGUUAAUGCCUAUAUAAAAUACUUGUCUAUUUCAAUCAGUGGUUUUUUUCUUAUCCUUUAUUUUGUGUUCGUGUUGAAGAGAUACAUAAACAUGUACAUUUAAAAACAUAAUCUUUAAGGUUACUUUUAAAGAAAAUGAUUCGUUUUGAUUAAUAAAGUACAGCGAUUUCCUCGAUCGCUGAAUAAGGUG